CCCGGCGCCCCUCACCAACAUGGCCGCCACUCGGGCCGACACGGCAUCUUCGCCUGCCGUUGGCGCGCUCGCUCGCUGAGUGCCCCGCACCGGCAUGGCGGUCGUCUUCGCGGGGGUGACUUCAGUUUUCCGCUUCCGUUUGUAGCUCGCGGGGGUUCAUUUCUCGUUUGGAAGCUCCGAGUCCGCAGUGGGCCGGGACGAGGGAGGGCGCGGGGGGGCCCGGUGCCAGGGGAGCGGGGGGGAGGGGCCUCGGGAUCCCGGGGCCGGCUGCUGGCGGGAAGAUGGCUGAGGGCGAGCGGCAGCCGCCGCCAGAUCGUUGUCCAGAUUCUUCAGAGGAGCCUCUUCCAGCCACUCAGAAUUUUAUCAUUCCCAAAAAGGAGAUCCACACAGUUCCUGACAUGGGGAAAUGGAAGCGUUCUCAGGUGUGACUGCCUCUUGCAUUGCUUUGAAUGGCCGUACACUGGCUGCAGUCAGGGCAUAUGCUGACUACAUUGGAUUCAUCCUAACCCUCAACGAAGGUGUGAAGGGGAAGAAGCUGACCUUUGAGUACAGAGUCUCUGAGGCCAUUGAGAAGCUGGUGACUCUUCUCAACACGCUGGACAGGUGGAUUGAUGAGACACCUCCAAUGGACCAGCCUUCCCGAUUUGGGAACAAGGCGUACAGGACUUGGUAUGCCAAACUGGACCAGGAAGCUGAAAACCUGGUGGCCACCGUGGUCCCCACCCAUUUGGCAGCUGCUGUGCCUGAAGUAGCCGUUUACCUGAAGGAGGCGGUGGGCAAUUCCACACGCAUUGACUAUGGCACAGGGCACGAGGCAGCCUUUGCUGCUUUCCUCUGCUGUCUCUGCAAGAUCGGGGUGCUCCGUGUCGAUGACCAAGUGGCUAUUGUCUUCAAGGUGUUCAAUCGGUACCUGGAGGUUAUGCGGAAACUCCAGAAAACGUACCGGAUGGAGCCUGCCGGCAGCCAGGGGGUGUGGGGCCUGGAUGACUUCCAGUUUCUGCCCUUUAUCUGGGGCAGUUCGCAGCUGAUAGACCACCCACACCUGGAGCCCCGGCACUUUGUGGAUGAGAAGGCCGUGACUGAGAACCACAAGGACUACAUGUUUCUGGAAUGCAUCCUGUUUAUCACUGAGAUGAAGACUGGCCCUUUUGCAGAACACUCCAACCAGCUGUGGAACAUCAGCGCGGUCCCUUCCUGGUCCAAAGUGAACCAGGGCCUCAUCCGCAUGUAUAAGGCUGAGUGCCUGGAGAAGUUCCCUGUGAUCCAGCACUUCAAGUUUGGGAGCCUGCUGCCCAUCCAUCCUGUCUCAUCUGGCUAGGAGAGGCUGAGCUGCCAGCGCCACCCAAGCAGGCCUCCCACCCAGCCCGGUGCCCCUCCCGCCCUCCUUCUGUUCUUUCUGUUUGGUGAGAGGCUGUUUACUGGGGUGGGUAGUGAGCGGGGGCUCGUGUGUGGCCAGUUCCCGCCUGCUGCUGGGGUGGGCAGGCAAGAAGAACGGGGGGCUGGUCCUCAGGCCCUGCUGGUGUUCCCAGCCUCCCUGGCCUCCUGUCUAGUCCGCUGACACCAGAGGCUGGGGAGGCAUCAAGUGCUGUUCCACCCUCCUUCCCUCCCCUCCCUUCUGCUCCCAUGAUGCCUUCGUGUGGGUGGGAACAGCUCUCCUCCAGAGCUGGAGGGCUGUUGGGCUGAAGGCCUGCGUGGAGAGGUCUGACUUGUCUCAGCCUUCUCAAGUGGCCCCUGGGCCAUGGCAGCUGCGUCCAGAGCUUCAUCUUGACUUUUCUCUCCUCUGGCCCUGGCUUGGCCAGGUUUCCUGGCUACAGCCACAAUUCCCUCCCCAGGAGUAGCUUUGUUAUGGAAGCUGCCCACUGGGUAGACCCUAGGCUCCUGGCAGAGUCUGUGUGAUUGGUGGAGCCUUUUUUCCAGACCUUUCCCCUGCGGGGAGGAGGCAGCAGGGACUCAGGGAGGGUCUGGGCUGUUGUUUUCUCCGGAGAAGCUAGGUUCUUGCAGGCAGUCUCAGGCUGACACUGCCUCUACCUCCAUGCUGCUGCGAGCUUUCCUGGAGGCCCAGGGCUGCUGCUGUGGUCACCUGGGUGGGUGAGGACAGGUGGGGAGGGUGGGGGGCCUGCAACCCCACCCCUUUCUUCCCUUUAGGGGGUGGGGUAGGUGACGGGCCGGUCCCAGCACUGGUCCUAAGCAUGGGCAAAGGUUUCCAGGCCCGGCCCACCAAGGGUGAGGGUUGCUGGCAGCAGCUCCCCCGUCUUCUGUCUGCUCCUGGGCUGGUGCCUGCAGGCUCCCCGCCCCGUCAUCUGGGCCUGUCCUCGUGGGCCACAGAGCCUUUGGGGAGGAGACGCUGAGAAGCCUGGCCCCAGCUUGACUGGGAGCAGGGUGGUCUGGACAGAGGCUGCGACAGGAAUCAUCAGA